CGCGAUCGGUCAGUCACAGGCCACAGCCCGGCCACAGCCCAGGCACAAGGCAGACGGCACGCAGUCGCCAUAGCGCCUUGGGCGGGCAACAACAGCCUGUCGUCCCUCCCCAGCAGUAAGGCCAAUAUAAUAUCAACACCACCCGCCAUUCACCGAUUCUCUUUUCCUCCGCUUCUUCUGCCCGACGUCUUGCUCUAGCCAUACUCUUGCAUAUUACUCAUUUCGAAACCUUUAUAAAAAGUUUCCAGCAAAACAACCGCCAAAAUGUCUCUCGACUUCACCGCUAUCGCCACGCAAUUCGUUGCCCACUACUACUCUACCUUCGAUUCCGACCGCAAGAACCUCGCUGGUCUCUACCGCGACAACUCUAUGCUCACCUUCGAGGGUGCCCAGUCUCUCGGUGCCCAGGGUAUUACUGAGAAGCUUACUUCUCUCCCAUUCCAGAAGGUCAAGCACGAGUACGGCCCGCCCGAUGCCCAGCCCACCGCCACCGGUGGUAUCAUCAUUCUUGUUACCGGCCAGCUUAUUGUCGAUGACGAGCAGCGCCCUCUUGGCUACUCUCAGGCUUUCCAGCUCUCCCAGGACGCCUCUGGCCAGUGGUUCGUCUUCAACGACAUUUUCAAGCUUGUCCUUCUCUAGGGGGGAGAUGGUGCAUUGAUGUUUUGAUUAUCUGAAGAGGUGGAAGAAUACCAACGAAAUCAAAGAAAUGUCCAAAAGACGGGACUAUUGCGUUUGCGUGCAUGAGUGAACGAGGAUAUCUUUUCUGCGCGCCUGUCUUUCUGGUGUAUGUGUUGCUGCUUGCUUCAUGUGUAACGAAGGGAAGAAGAUGGAGGAAGCCGAGUCUGGCUUUCGACUGUUGAUGCUGAGGGGUAAAACUUUCUCGAUACAUUGUGUAUGAAAACAGAGGAAUAGGGGUCCACGAUGAUAAACGAAGUUUACCGUCAUCAGGUCGUCCCAUGCUUGGCAUUGAGAUGUUCAGUUGGCGAUCUCGGAAGUAGGCUUGGCUUAGAGGCCCAAGCCUUUGGCUUGUGGCAUGUC